GCAGUAAUAGUAACGAUAACAACAAUAAAAUUUUUGGUAAAAGUGCGUAAAUGUAUGAAGGAAAAGCACUGAAAAUUUAAUGGAUUAGCAAAGAAAGUGGGAAGCUUGUUUGUAAUGGAUUUGCUACGACGACUUGGGAGUGAAGUCAAAUUGAGAAAAAACAAUGAAGAGAAAAAUAUUGUGUUGGGAGUAAUGAUGUUAAGGUCCCAGUUCACUUACAAAAGAAGGAUCAGUGUCAAUCUCAGGAUUCAAAGAAGGGAGAUGAAUAUGAUGAACUCAACUCAAUUCCCAUUUCUUUAAUGGCUUCCCAUUAAACUUUUACAUCUUUAUCUCCCAUUUCUCCGCUAUUUUCUUCACUGUUACGCCCAGCCCGGCACAAUUAAAUUAAAUUGGGUUCACCAAUCGUUGCUGGGUCUAAUAAAUUUUUGGGUAUCACUCUCCGGCGAAUAUUUGCUUUUGGGUUUCGCCAAAUUGCCGAUGGCAAAUACGUACCUCGUCGGCAUAGUGUUCGACAAAAUUCCUGAGAGAACUUUGGUUUGGUCUGCCAACAGAGACGACGAGGCACAGGCUGGUUCAAACAUUAGUCUUACAAGCACGGGUGGAUUUGUGCUGAUUCAUAAGAAUGGUACUGAAGUUUCAAUCUAUAAUGGCAAAGACAUUUGCUCUGCUUCAAUGUCCGACAAUGGCAACUUUAUGCUGUUCGAUUCCUCGUCCUCCAUUCCCACAUGGCAGAGCUUCGGUCAUCCCACCGAUAAUCUGUUGGCUGGAACAGGUCCUUCACAUUGGCCAUCAACUGUACUCGAGUACCAACAUAACAACGAACGACUAUUCGACAGGCCGAUACGGGUUGGAUGUUGCAAACGGUGGUAAUGUCCUAUUGACUGCUUUUCGAAACGGUGAUCCUGCUUAUAACUAUAAGGGCACGUCGGAAAACACCACUGCCAUUGUCUUCAACCAAACUACAGCUCUAUUAUAUGUAGUUAAUGCCACGGAAAUUACAUAUCCUAUGACAACCAAAUUGUCAGUCUCAGUAGAAGACUACUACCGCCGAGCAUUUCUCGAUGAUCAAGGCAACUUGCGACAGUUGUAUCGGAUUAAAAAUGGUGGUGAUGACGAGUGGAUAACGGCAUGGAAGUUAAUUGAAAAGCCUUGUUUGGUGAGUAACAUUUGUGGGGCGUUUGGAAUUUGCACAAAUGGCAAUGAUAUUACGAUUUGUGAGUGUUUGGAAGGGUAUGUGCCAAUUGAUCCAACAUACCUUUUAAAGGUUGCUAUCCACAUCCAGAUGUGGUUAUGGACUUUUGUACGUUGAAUACUGCAAACGAGAGGUUCAAAAUUGCUAGGUUUGGCAAUUCUGAUUUCCCAUUUCCUCUCGUCUCUGAUGUGUCCAUGGUUGGACCAACAAUGGACAAGAGCAAGUGCGAGGAAGCUGUGAGGAAGGACUGUUUUGCUCAGCAGCCGUUUUUUCAAUGGUAAUUGCUACAAGUAGAGGAUGCCACUGUUAAAUGCUAGAACAAGCAUUCCUGACACCACUAAUCUUGUGGCUUUCCUGAAAGUUCUCAUAAUUUGGCAAAAACUCCCUUUCUAAUGAGGUUGUGGUUUGUUCAACAUUUGUGUUGUUUUUUGUAGUUGUGUUUGUCUAUUAUCAACCCUUUAUUAUAAAGGGUUUCUUUAAACUAGGGAAGAAGCCUGCAAAGUUGAAGCCAUUGGAGAUGAAUUUGAAGGCAUUUUCAUUCAAUGAAUUGAGGCAGCAACCGUUACAAAAAAAGUGGAUGUUUUUUUAGCUUUGGAGUGAUGUUGUUAGAGAUCAUAUUUUGUGGAAGGGAAGAAGAAACACAAGGAGAUGAUGGAAUCAUACUUGUGGAUUGGGUGGUAAGUUUUUUGAGAGCAGAGAGAGAUUGAGAGACAUAAUAAGCCAUGAUUGUGAAGCAAUGAAUGACUAUGAAAGGUUUAAGAGGAUGACAAUGGCAAGGAGUGUGGUGCAUUUCUUCAGAUCCUGUAAGCCGGCCAUCCAUGAAAGAGGUUGUAUGGAUGCUAGACGGAAGCAGUGAUAAGUCAGAAUCCCUCCUUUGCUUGAAUGAAUAAUAUGCAAUUUUACGAGUCAUGUUUAGUGUCGUUUGUGUUAUUUGAAGAAAGGCUUCAAAAUUCAUUUCAAAAAAGAGAUUCAGAGUAAUUUGUUUCCUUUUGUAUGUUAAUGAAGAUCAAAUGUUUGUAAUGCA